AUGUCAUCAUCCAGAGCGUCUCACGAUAAGCGGUCUCGGGUUGUCAAAUUGCGAAACUACAAUGGAUCGUACAAGGUCGAUCUGGAUUCGUGGAGGAGUAAUUCUAUGGACACCCUCUUCGACGACGUGUAUGCUCAGCAGGAGGCUUACAAGGAUGAACUAGACUGGCUCGAGGAGGACGUUGAGGCGGCCAAAAAGCGUAGAUCGAAACUUGAAACCGAAUACAAGUCCCGGAUCGUAGACUUGGAGGCCAAGUUGGCCAAGCAGGAAACAAAGGCCAAGACAUCAAGCACUCGCGUCCUCGAGUUGGAAGCCAAGCUGGCAGCACAAGAACAACAACUGAACACAUCGGAGUCUCGCGUUUCUGAGCUGGAGACUACGCUACGGAAGCACGAGAUCAAACUACACGCGGCGAAAGCACAGAUUUCAGAGGUAGAGGCAAGGGCAAUGUCGCACCAAUGCUCGAACAGCCAAAACGAUACCAGCACAGUCAAGGUGGACGGGAAGCAUCGGUCAACUCCCGCAAGCGGCAGCACUUUCACCGUACCGGACCCUCCAAGGCUGGGGGACAAGGCGCAACUAAGGUUUUUGAACUGGAAGUACCUAUUGCAGCGGAAACUCGCUGCCUGUGAGGGAACCCCCGAUGCCACGACUUCUAGUCUCGAUUAUGUUAUCAGUCAGACAUCCGGUGAGGAUCAAGAACAACUUGUUGCUCGCCUCCGAAGUGUUGUCCUAAAACCUAUUACAAACGCCAAUGAAGCCAUCAAAUUCCUAGACCUGUUAUACAACGACCCGGAGCUGGAGACCAGAAACCCCCUCGACUUCAAGCCACCCGAUCAACCUCGUGACGCCUACUGGGCGGCGUUCAGUGACUUUGGGUGGAAUGCAGUGAAGUACAAGAUUCCAGAGGACGAGUGGGGCAGCAAGCUGCAUGAGUAUAUGCAGGUGCAAUUCGGCGACGACAUCAUUGGCGACUUUGGUACCUAUUCUGCCGGCCCCCUGAAGGAGGUAGCCAAGGAGAUCUACUUGAACGUACUCCGGCGGACCGAAUAG